GAGGAGGGACCAGCGAUACGAGCGCCGUGGAUCAGAAGCCGAGAAAUCACACCAGGAAAGACCAGCGAAGCCACCGCUCUGCACUCGCCGAGAACCUGGAGGAGCGAUAGAGAUUUAUCCGGAGUGCAGCACAUAUUGACAGCAGCGAGCCAGUGCCAGGCCUCGGGGAGAGACAGAGGGCUACACAUGCAACUUUCUCUUUAGCUUUUUUUUUGUCAAGACCUGAACACACAAGUGCGCCAUGGAUUUUGUGAUGAAGCAAGCUCUUGGGGGGGCCACCAAAGACAUGGGGAAGAUGCUGGGUGGGGAGGAGGAGAAGGACCCCGACGCACAGAAGAAGGAGGAGGAGAGGCAGGAGGCCCUGAGGCAGCAGGAGGAGGAGCGGAAGGCCAAGCACACCCGCAUGGAGGCCGAGAGGGAGAAAGUACGGCAGACCAUUAGGGACAAGUACGGCCUGAAGAAGAAAGAGGAGAAAGAGGCCGAGGAGAAGGCGGCCAUGGAGCAGGCGUGCGAGGGCUCGCUGACACGUCCGAAGAAAGCCAUCCCCCCCGGGUGCGGAGACGAGGACGAGGAGGACGAUGAGAGCAUCCUGGACACCGUCCUGAAAUUCCUGCCCGGACCGCUGCAGGACAUGUUCAAGAAGUAACGGACAUGGAGGCUACACUCCAGGCUGGCAGGAAGGAAGG